AGCUAGACAGGGGCAUCCUUCCAACAGAACCACAAAUGCAAAAGGGAAAACAGUAAACCUGUCUUUUAUUGCAGGGACGUCAUGAUCGAAACAGCUACUUUCGAGCUCCAGCCAAGACUUCUGCCUGCUAAUUUCUGUUUAAACGAGUUCGUAUGAGAAAUUAAGCAAGUUUGAACAGCCUAUUAUUCCUGACAGGCUUCAGAAGACUUCACGCUGUGCAAGUUUUACAUGCUCAUGGCUAACAGCUUCCUGGGGAGAUGAGUUCUCAAUCUAAAACUGGCCGGGGCUUUGCAGCAACUUCUUGGGUAGAGAGAUAACUUUCAGCUGAACUCAAAGCAUCUGCGUGUUGUGCAAGGGAUCCAAUCAUAACUUGCUAUGGAGGAAGAUUUUUAAGAUGAAUACCUACCUUGGCCAUAAAUCCAAUUCAUCAAUACCUGGAUAUUUGAAAGUGUCUGCACUAAAUAAUGGCAAUCUUUCUGCAAACAACUCUAAUGAGACAGCAAGCAAUCUGGAUUCACCUGCCUUGGAUAUCAGUAGGGCGAUAAUUGUGGGGCUUAUCCUAGGUGCCUUUAUACUUUUUGCUAUUAUAGGUAAUAUCUUGGUAAUUCUCUCUGUUGCUUGCAAUAGACAUUUAAGAAUCCCUACAAACUAUUUCAUAAUUAACCUCGCAAUAGCAGAUUUGUUGCUGAGUUUUACUGUCCUUCCAUUCUCUGCUACACUGGAAAUCCUUGGCUACUGGGUUUUGGGGAGGAUAUUUUGUGAUAUCUGGGCAGCUGUUGAUGUUCUAUGCUGUACAGCUUCUAUUUUAAGUCUGUGUGCAAUUUCUAUAGAUAGAUAUAUAGGGGUACGUUAUUCUCUCCAAUAUCCAACUUUGGUAACAAGAAGAAGGGCAAUUUUAGCUCUCCUAGGUGUCUGGGUCCUUUCCAUGGUGAUUUCUAUUGGGCCUCUUUUGGGCUGGAAAGAACCAGCACCCAAGGAUGAUAAAGAGUGCCGCAUCACUGAAGAACCAUUCUAUGCUUUGUUUUCUUCCUUGGGGUCAUUUUACAUUCCUUUAAUCGUCAUCCUCGUGAUGUACUGUCGGGUCUACAUAGUGGCAAAAAGGACUACUAAAAACCUGGAAGCUGGGGUUAUGAAAGAAAUGUCCAACUCCAAGGAGCUGACUUUACGGAUUCAUUACAGGAACAUUCAUGAGGACACAUUAAACAACACCAAAUCCAAGGCUCACAAUCCCAGGAACUCCUUAGCUUUCAAACUUUUUAAAUUCUCUAGAGAAAAGAAGGCAGCCAAGACGCUGGGAAUCGUGGUUGGCAUGUUUAUCUUGUGCUGGCUACCUUUCUUCAUUGUUCUGCCACUAGGAUCUCUGUUUUCGGCUCUGAAGCCUCCUGAAACAAUCUUCAAGGUGAUUUUUUGGCUUGGCUACUUUAACAGCUGCAUGAAUCCAGUCAUCUACCCUUGCUCAAGCAAAGAGUUCAAGAGGGCUUUUAUACAGAUCCUAAAAUGCCAGUGCCACCGUCGAAAGCAGUUGGGGUGGUGGGCCUACAGCUACAGAAACUGGAAUCGGUGCUCCUUUGAACACCCUAGGAAAGACUCUCUGGAAGACAGCGGGAGUUUCCUAAGCGGCAGUCAGAGGACAUUAUCUUCAGCAUCUCCCAGCCCUGGCUACCUGAGCAAAAUCACUCACCCACAUAUGGAGAUGUGCACGUUCCAGGAAUGGAAAAACUCCAGCUCUUUCCUGAGCCCUUUACAGGAAGGCAGCAGACAAAAGGACCCAUGCCAGUUCUUCACCUUCAAUCUCUUAACAGAGCGCAAUGGCCAUGUUCCUGCUGGCAGCCAAGCCUCCAGCAAUGGGGACCAUGAGGCCAUCUGUGACACCCUGAAUGGCAAAACUGACUGUAGAACAAACAUGACGCUGGAAUGAACAGUCUGUUCUCUUUGUACACCAACCUGUUUGACGUUUAGCCCAGGUGAAGAAAUGGACC